CAUAAAACUCAAAAAGCCCCUCAAAACAGAUCAUCCAAUUAGAUGGAGGAGCAGGAUCGAUCCUCUCAAUCCCGUCCUCCACAUGUCCUCAUCUUCCCCCUCCCAUUACAGGGCCAUAUAAACUCCAUGAUUAAGCUAGCUGAACUGCUAGCUAUCGCCGGCUUGAAGCUGACUUUCCUCCACUCCCACCACAACCAUGAACGCUUGGUCAAGUUCAACAAUAUUGCUGCCCAUUUUGAAAGAUACCCAGGGUUCCAAUUCAAGACCAUAACCGAUGGUCUCCCUCUUGAUCAUCCUAGGUCAGGGAGAUGGUUCCUUGCUAUGUUUGAAGAUACCAUGGAACUUAAGAUGAAGCAAAGUUUGAGAGAGGUACUUGUGAAUAGUAGCCCACCAGUAGAUUGCAUAAUUGCAGAUGGGUUUUCAGGCUUUGCUCUUGAUGUUGCAAAGGAGCUUGGAAUCCCCAUUAUUUUUUUUCGUACCAGCAGUCCUUGUUGUUUCUGGGUUUAUUAUUCUAUCCCUGAUAUAAUCCAAGCUGGGGAGCUUCCUAUCAAUGGAAGUGAAGACAUGGACCGGCUAAUAACGACAGUGCCAGGCAUGGAAACUUAUCUUCGAUGUCGAGAUCUUCCUACUUAUUGUCGAAAACUGGACUUUGAAGAUUCAAUUAUGAAGCUAGUCGUAAAACAGACACGAAAGAGCCUUCAAGCCGAUGCCUUGAUACUCAACACCGCCGAAGAGCUCGAUGGGCCUAUACUAUCUCAAAUACGCACCAAAUGCCCUCGUGUCUAUGCCGUUGGACCCUUACAUGCUCAAUUAAACACUAGACUCAAUGCAAAACAUGGAGAAUCAUAUGAUCACAUCUCGAAUACACUUUGGGAAGUGGAUAAAAGCUGCAUCUUUUGGCUCAAUAAGCAACCGAAUCGAUCUGUUAUCUAUGUAAGUUUUGUUAGCAUUACGAGCAUGUCAAGGGAGCAACUUGUUGAGCUUUGGUAUGGACUUCUUAACAGUAAAACGAAGUUCUUGCUUGUUGUAAGGCCAGAUUCCGUGAUUGGAAAAGAUGGUGAAGGGGAGGAUGUUGUAAUGGAGCUUAUGGAGAAGAGUAAGGAUCGAGGUUACAUUGUAAAUUGCGCACCACAAGAGGCAGUCUUGAACCACCCGGCCAUUGGCGGGUUCUUUACGCAUAAUGGAUGGAACUCGACUUUAGAGAGCGUUGUCGCAGGGGUGCCUAUGAUUUGCUGGCCUCAGUUUGCUGACCAACACGUGAAUAGUAGGGUUGUGAGUGAGGUGUGGAAAAUAGGGUUGGAUAUGAAGGAUGUAUGUGAUAGCAAGAUGGUGGAGAAAAUGGUAAAUGAUGUGAUGGUGGAUCGAAAGGAGGAGUUUGCAAAAUCCGCAUCUGAAAUGGCUAAGAGGAAGAUAAGGAGGAGUUCAAGAUGGUACAAUGGAAGCCGAUUCACCUAAAGAUGUAAAGAGCUGAAACAAGAACAAGAAGAUAGGCUGACCAAGAAGACAAUUGCUCAGAGUAACUCUAAGGUGCUGAAAGAAUGAUCUUUUUGCAUCAUUCCUUAGAAUAUUUCCUCUUGUCCACUGGUAUGACAUGGCGGAUAAACAUUCAAUUCCGCUAAAUGUGUAAAGGGUAUUUAUAGGCGUAUACCAUGAUACCUUAUCAGUAUAAUAUUAUUGUGCCUAAAUGGACUCCUUCUCAUAUAAAAA